UAGCAAAGUGAGAAGAGGAAUGUCUUUUGAAAUUGAUGACUGCAAAUGCUGUCUUGAAGCAAUGACAAGACCAGACUAUCAGCCAUUAGUAGAUAAUAAAAGAAUAAUAGAGAAAUUACAAGAAAGAAUAACAUUAAUGAAUAUGGAGCUAAUUACUGUAAGGAAACACAAUAAGAAGAUCAUGAAAGAGAUUGAAGAUUUUAAAGAUGAUGAGUCUGAAGUUGAAGAGAUUGAGUAUGAUAGUCUAAGUGAUGAAGAGGAUCAAAUGUGUACAUUCUUAUUAUAUUGCAAUCAUCCUGUUACUGGUAAAUUAACUAGUAAAUUAUUUCAAGUACAUAAAGAUGAAUUACUACCCACAGUACUGGAUAAAGCUUAUGAGUUGAUGGAAUUAGCUCCUCAUAUUCCUAUUGAGAGAUGUCGUUUAGUUAAGUAUAAUUUUAUUAAUGAUAUAAUGGAACAGUCAUUUGAUCUUGACAAGUUUCAGGAUCAAACUAUUGGACAACUUAUGGGUGUGGCUGGAUAUUGUGGAUUAUUUUUAGAAACUUGUAGAGAUGUUGAAACCUUUAAGAAAUACAAUACUGGAGGUAUUAAUCUAGAGAUAUCAGUGGUUGAUCUGUUAACUGGUGAAGUAAAACCAGCUCAACAAAUAAGAGGUGAAGAAGGUUGGACUGUUGAAAAAUUAAAGCAAAAUAUAGGAGAAUUAUUUAAUCUCAAUUCAUCAUGUAUGAGGUUACUACGGUUACUAGAACUUGAUGAAGCUCGCUCAGUCAUACAUUUAGAAGAUGUUAAAAGUUCUUUAAAGGAAGUGCUCUUUAAAGGAGAUGCAUUUAGUUCACACAAACUACACAGAGAGCAACUUGUAGUACCAACAGUAAGUGCCAAUUAGCAUUUACCGUAUAGUGGGUUUAU